AAGCGCAUAACGAAUAACAAAAGAGUUGCCCACUGUAAGGGGACUGCGAUAUUCCUCCUCUUCUCCACCUCUCUCCCAAUUCCGGGCGAUCAAAUUCUACAUUCAUGGCGACCCCAACUAGACAAAAUUUUCCUAACAAUCAAAUCUCAAUUUCUUCAGUGAAAUCCACUCUCAAAGUCUACUCCGUGCCUCUUCUUCUCUUUGCUCUCUCAAUUUUCUUCCAGCUAAUUGUCGUGCCCCGUAACUUCCCGACAUCUCACUACGAUGUUUUGGGUAUCCGGAAGUAUAGCUCAAUUGAAGAGGUGAAUCAGGCAUAUGAGAAGAUAACCUCCAAGUGGGAUUCAAAUGUUGAAAUUCUGCCUUCUGUUGAUCUUAUCGAGGUCCGGUAUGCUUUUGAGCUUCUUACGAAUAAGCUGUUGAAGAGGGAUUAUGACAUAUUCAAUAUCGAUGAGCAUUUUCAUAUGAUUGAAAAGGUCAAGGCACAACAUACGGGGGCACGUAUUUAUGAUAUUGACCUUCCAUUGAUAAAAGCUGCUGCCUCUGAUCUUGAAGAUGUGUUCAGUGUCAUCAACUCCCAGAAUUUUUCAUCCAUGUUUGAAGAUGACAAGGCAUUACUAGUACAGAUUAUUUCAUAUGGAAGCAAUCGUUGUGCGCAAUUUUCUGCUUACUGGAAGAGAAUUGUUAAUCUGCUAGAUGGGGUUACAAAUACUGGAGUUGUUGAACUCGGUGAUGUUCAGCUUGCUGUAUAUCUAGCUGAGAAAAAAUCCAGCGCUCAACCUUUCUUCAGAAAUGGACUUCCAGCCCUCGUGUCUUUUCCCCCUGGGUGUAAAAGUUCCAGUUGUCUUCAGAGGUACAAUGGUGAGCUUUCUGUGGAUGCUAUUACUGAUUGGUUGGCAACAAGCAUCCUAAACCUGCCUCGAAUUCUUUAUUACUCGAAGGAGUCGAUGGUGCAUAAUUUUCUGGCUAAAAGUAAACCUCAUAAGGUCAGAGUCAUUUUCUUCUCGACAACUGGAGAACGUGCUACUCCAUUCAUUCGUCAGGCUGCUAAAGACUAUUGGGCAUAUGCCACUUUUGCAUUUGCUUUAUGGAAAGAAGAAGACUCUUCUUUUUGGUGGAAUAUGUACGUGGACUACCUUCUUUAUUUCCUUUUCUCUGGUUGCUCCAAUUACAACAAACCAAACGCUAUUCCCUAUGAAUUGUGUGUCUCACGCUGGCUGCUGACCAAACUGGCAAAACCCUCCUCCUUUAUUCCAGGGUUGAGUCCGGCUAUGAAAAAAAUUCUUACUGCUGCAUUAAAAGUUUCAGAGCUGUCCACGAAUUUGAAGAGGUACAAUGGCUCAAGUGAAAUUUCAGAGAUCAUAAGAUGGAUGUCUAAAACAAUUGAAGAUGGCGACUCCAGGGAGCUUCCUCCUUUUAAAACUAAAGUUCCUGAGCUAUCUCCGGAGGAGGCGGAUUACUUUUGGUCCCAACCUUCAGAGAAGUUCCUCUCUUCAGGAAAAAGCAUAAGACAUUGGACCAGUGGCCUCUACCUCCAAAUAUCUGAUUGGCUCAGUGAUCCUAGAAUCGGACCGUCUUUGCUUUUUGCAGCAAUGAUAUCAUUCAGUUUUAUUUGGCUAAAGCUAAACAGAAGUCAAUCAACUCAACCUAGCAACCGGGAUGAAUCCAGUCAAUCAAGGGUAAAGGAUGAGAAUAGACCAAAGCGAAGGAAUCGCCGAAAAAAUGACUCAAACAAGCUUAUUCCACCUUCCAUCACUGACGAAGAACCAAAAGAUGCUCAGCAAAUGCGAUUCUCAGAUUCGGAUUCUGAAUAGCAGCGUAAAAAUGAAUUUCCCUUGCUAUUAAUCUGGGAUAAAAGGAAGGACAUGCCUUCUCGGGGUAUCAUGUAGAAAACGAUCGAGCGGAAGUAUUGAAUCGAGAGCUUCAAGAAGUCACCUAAGGUUAAAUCAUUGACCAUGGACAUUCUUGAUUACUGGCGUGUCAAUGCUUCUCAUGAAGUAGAUAAGCGUCGUGGAUUUUUGUUGCCAAUUUCGAUAUCGAAUUUCAUUUUCUACGUCUGAUUUACAUGCAGAUUUGGAGAUUACUAAUUAUUAGCAGCUUCCUUAAAUUUCUUGUAAAACUUCAUUUCUUGGUCAGAAUUGAACUCUAUAAUAGGUUGGUAAAAACUACAAUGAUUGUAGGAAGGAAGGUGGAUGCUAAUGGAUGCGACGGAAAUUAUACAUGCAUUGUAUAUCUGGUAUGCUCGACUGGAUAAGAUUAAGCUUGGGAAAGAAAUCAUUCAAUGUGAA